ACCUUCUCCCCUAGGGUUUCCACCCAUCACUUUGCCCCUUCUCUCGCCCCGCCCCCUUUAUGAUACCCCGGUGUCACUCACUCAUCCCGUGUUGCUCACCCCGCCAUUCCCUCACUCCCCUACAAUGAUCUUAACAAGGCUUGCCCCUACCGCUUGUAGUAAGGCACUCUCGCUGCUCCGUACUAUUCAGUACACCCACCCCCCCGCUUGUCCUUGUCACGGAGCAUUCAGUCACUCGCACUGUUCCGCUGGUCCUGCGUCUUCACUCCUGGAGGGGAUACGGUCGCUUGGCACCCCAACCGGCCAGCAGAGAGAGUAUGCCUUCGAAAUGGCCACCUCAAGCAUUCGGUUCGGACCUGGUAGCACGCGAGAAGUGGGGAUGGACUUUUCAAACAUCAGGGCGAAGAAGGUCAUCAUUAUUACUGACAAGACAAUUGAACGGCUAGCCCCCAUGAAGACUGCAGUCUCAGCACUUGAAAGCGCGGGGGUAAAGUACGAGAUCUUUUCCGACGUGAUGGUUGAACCAAAGGAUCACUCUGUGAAGCAGGCAAUUGAAUUUGGCAAGAAGGCGAAUGGUGAUGCCUACUUGGCUGUCGGUGGUGGGAGUGUGAUGGACACUGCGAAGCUGGUGAAUCUGUUUACAAAUUUCCCUCAGGCGGAGUUCCUCGACUUCGUGAACCCACCAUUAGGAAAAGGGCUACCGAUCACCAAAGCUCUGAGUCCUUUGGUCUGCAUCCCGACUACUGCCGGAACUGGCAGCGAGACUACUGGUACCGCAAUCUUUGACCUUGUCGACAAAAAAACCAAAACCGGUAUCGCCCACCGAAUGCUCAAGCCAACCCUCGGAAUAUGUGACCCACUCAAUACACGUUCUAUGCCUUCUGCUGUCCACGCCUCAACUGGCUUGGAUGUGCUCUGCCACUCUCUCGAAUCCUAUACGGCCAUUCCAUACAGUGAACGUACACCCCGUCCUACAAACCCGCUUCUGCGCCCAACCUACCAGGGGGCAAACCCCAUUAGCGAUAUCUUCUCCUUCAAAGCGUUACAAAUGACAGUGAAGUACUUGCCAAGGGCAGUACGUGAUCCGGGUGACCAGGAAGCGCAAAGCCAGAUGUUGCUUGCUGCCACGUUGGCGGGUGUCGGAUUCGGAAAUGCAGGUGUUCACCUCUGCCACGGGAUGAGUUAUCCAAUAUCGGGAGGAAAUAAGGGGUAUAAACAUCACGGAUAUCAAGUUGAUCAUCCAAUUAUUCCACACGGAGUAAGCGUAGCAGUAACUGCGCCGGCGGUAUUCAAGUUCACGGCUGCCUCGAAUCCAGAGCGACACCUGGCAGCGGCGGAGGUCUUCGGAGUUGAUAUAUCUAAUGCUCGUGCCGAGAAUGCUGGGGACAUGCUGAGUGACGUCUUGAAGGAAUUCUUGUAUAAGCUUGGGGGUCAACCAAAAGGUAUUAAAGAGCUUGGUUAUACUAGUGGUGAUAUCCAAGGGUUAGUUGAGGGUACUAUCCCGCAACGUAGGGUACUAAUGUUAGCACCCAAUCUGGACGAAGAUCUGGAAAGGCAGAAAGGUGAGUUGACUAAAUUAUUCGAGGAGAGCCUAGAGUAUUAG